GGCUAUAUAUCCCCCUUUAGAACUAUCCUCCAAUGCUUCACUUCAUCAAUUCUCUACUCCUCUCUUAGCAUAUUAAACAUUACAUUACUCUUGUAAGAUGAAGCUACUUCUUACAACUCUGCUUUUGCUCACUCUUGUUCUUACCCCUUCUUUUAUUCAAACCACUAUGGCUGGUUCAAGUUAUUGUGAUUCAAAGUGCAAGUUGAGGUGUGCAAAGGCAGGAGUUAUGGACAGAUGUUUGAAGUAUUGUGGAAUUUGUUGCGAAGAAUGCAAGUGUGUGCCUUCUGGAACGUAUGGUAACAAACACGAGUGUCCUUGUUACAGGGACAAGAAAAGCAAUAAGGGCAAGCCUAAAUGCCCUUGAAUUUCACUGCUCUUUUUACCAAGUCUAAAAUAUAUAAAUACAGAGAUGCAGAAAUCACAUGUUUUGCACUCUGCAAGUGGUCCAUUCCUCUUUAAAUAUCAGUUUUCUAGGUAUGUUAGUCAUAUAUUGUGCGAAGAUUAGAAUGGAUGUGUUAUUACCAAUAAAUGGGGGCUCUUUUGAACUCUCUUAUGUAUUUUGCUGCUCUGUUCCAUCAAUAAGUUGGUCAUUUUAAAUGUACUGGGUUUUGAAUUUUAUAAAAAAUUGCAGUUUGCUAGCUUAGAGCAACUAUUUUUUUCA